GCGACUUCGUCCCGGUACAUUGACAACUCUCGGAGGCCUGGUUAUUCACUGCUAUUGUUAACCUUCUUUUUUUUUUACAUAUAAUUUUUUUACCCUCUUUUGUAUUUUUUUUUAUUUUUUUAUUUUUUAUCUUUUUCUUUUAUCCUCCCCAACUCUGCUCCACACCACACUUCCCUACCUAUCGCCUACGCUUUUUUCCCUUCUUAAAUAUUACAUUCCCCUCACUCCCUCCCUCCCGCCGCCCCUGAACCCAACCGGCCGUUCGGGGGUCGUGUCAGUUCUUGGUCCCCCUCAGCUCUCGUCCUUCGCCUGGAUUUUUAAACGCGCCGGCCUUGACCGAAUGUGCGACUCGACUUGUCGACCUCUCCCCGGACUCCAUGCGUUCAGCUCGUGACCCAUUGGACGACACAAACCCUCCCAUUAUUCGAGGACGGUUGCGCAGCGUGCGUUGGGUGCCGACAUCUGCAAGGUAACAUUUUACAUGAGUACAUGUGUGUGCGUGUGUCUGUCUGCGUCCUGCGUGUUUUGUAGCGACCGCUCUCGAGAGUGCCGCUACUGUCCGAUUUUCAUCGUGCGUGACGGAACAAGAUGGAGCCCGAAGGUUCAAAUGGGCCCAAACGGAACUCCAUACACCAGGGUUUCUACAGUCGCCCAGUGGAACGGCGUCCAAGCAAAAAAUCAUCAUCCAGGGACCGUCACGGCAUGGUCUACCCCGAGAGCUUCAGGGAUACAGGCAUCCGCACAGUAACGCCAGACUCCACCACGGAGACCGCGAAUCAUUCUCCUCUCUCGGACGCGGAGCAUCUUUCUUCAAGCGCAGCCCCUUCGCCUCGUGUGACCGCCAGAACGAGGCCUGCCAAUCUAGAUACCCGUCGCGAUUUUCAAUCCUACCACCCCGCGGGCGAUGAGGAAGAAUUUCAAGUGGAAUCGAAGAGCCAACGGGCGCGAUCGCGAACUACCACUUUGGAAGAUCAGCGCAGUGAGCUCUCCCCGAAUUCAUUCUACCUCAAAACCCGGAGCCGUCUAGGCUCCGUCAAUGCCGCAACGUCCCAGACAAGACACUCAGACGAACCGACCGGCUCAAUCGGUUAUCCAUCAAUACAAUCGCCCACCUAUCUGAGCCACACCCUCGGGCGUCAUCGGAUCAGCCGAGCCUCCGGGGGCUCCAACUUCCUGGCGAGUGUCGGUACCAAUCCACCACCGUCGCCUUUGUCGAGUACCGAUUCUGCGAAGAUCCUGCAGCUGAUGAAGACCACAUGUGGAAGGAUGCAUGGCAUUCUUUCCUUUCGGACCGCCAACACCACGGCUUGGACGUCCGGUUACUGCGCGAUCAACGUUGCUACGGGAAGUUUGAUAUACCAGGCCAAGGGAGAGCCCGCAUUAGCUAAGACCUUGAUCCCAGACCUUCGCGGCUGCCAGGUCCGCUCCCUCGUCGACCCCGAGCUUCGGACGAACUAUCUCAGCGUCUCUACAUUUACCUCCGGUCUUGGUGUGGAGUUGAGGCCUCAUGUGAGCGAGACAUUCGAUUCAUGGCUCGCUGCGUUGUUGUGCUGGCAACCAAUCAGGCCAAAAGGUGUCCAGAAUAAGAUGACCAAACCUCAAUCGGUUGCAAUCGGUGACCGUCGUCUUGCCGACCGUCGAAGAAACUCUGAAAGCACGGUUCAGAAAGAAGCGGCCAUUAUCAAAGUGGGCAAGAUGCUCCUAUGGGACAGACCAAAUGCCUCGGGUGCUCGACCUUCGUCUGGUCGUCGGGUUUCAACAUACCGUCAGCAACGUGCGCUCUCGUCAGCCUGGCAAAGGGUCAGCUGCACGCUGCAGGAGAAUGGCGUUUUCAAACUCUUUACCGAAUCUGACAUCACGUUUGUGCACUGCAUCCAAUUAUCUCAGCUCUCCCGGUGUGCCGUCCAGCGGUUGAACUCAUCCGUUUUGGAAGACGAAUUCUGUAUUGCCAUAUAUCCGCAGUAUGCAGCGCACUCAGUAUCGGGGCUGACACGUCCGGUGUAUCUAUCCCUAGAAAGUCGGGUGCUGUUUGAGGUAUGGUUCGUUCUUUUACGUGCCUUCACAAUUCCAGAACUAUACGGUCCUGAAACGUCAAUCGAGGACAAUCCGGCGAAGGCUCCAGGGUCCGAUUCUACCGCUGCCUCUAUAGCGGACAUGUUCCGGAUUGAGAGGAUGCUCACCGUAAGAGUUACGGAGGCCAAAUUAUUCCGUAGCAAGUCGGAGGAGACCCCUCGAAGUCGCAAGCAAUCCCGGUCUCAUAGCAGCUCGACGCCAACGGGUGCCGUGAACGAUUAUUAUACUGAAGUCUUACUAGACGGAGAGAUCCGGGCCAAAACCGCCGUCAAGUACCGCACAGCAAAUCCUUUCUGGCGGGAAGAUUUCACUUUCAAUGACCUCCCGCCUGUCUUAUCCCAAGUUUCGAUACUUGUAAAGAACCCCAACCCGACCCAAAAAGACUGGUCACUUAUCGCGCAUGGGUCGUAUGCAUUGAAUCAGGAUAGCUACCCUAUGCGUGUGUUGGAUGACGUGGAGCUGUCCUCCCACGACGCAACAUUUGGAAGAGUAGAGCUUCGACUGGAUGACCUGGAGCCGGGCGUGGAGGUCGAGAAGUGGUGGCCGAUCCUUGAUGAUCGAGACCAACCUGUAGGAGAGAUGCUGAUGAGAGCUCGGAUGGAAGAAACUGUCGUUCUUAUGUCCCAUGAAUACACUCCAAUGUCGGAGCUUCUCCAUUCUUUCACCAAUGGACUUUCCAUCAACAUGGCCCAGAUCCUAUCUUCUGAACUUACAUUACUAUCAGAGGCGCUCUUGAACAUCUUUCAGGUGUCAGGGACAACUGUGGAGUGGAUAUCGGCCCUGGUCGAAGAUGAGAUUGAUGGUGUUCACAAGGAAUCGACCGCGAACAGGCUUAGAUAUACUACCAGGAUCCAUUCCAAUGACACAAGAGAGUCUGGUCAGGAUAGAGAAGUCCUCGUAAGGGAUUUGGGGCGAACGGCAACCGUGGAAGCCAAUCUCCUUUUCCGAGGGAACUCCCUUCUAACGAAGGCGCUGGACUACCAUAUGCGUAGACUAGGAAAGGAGUAUCUCGAAGAAACAAUCGGAGAACGUCUACGUGAUAUCGACGAGAGCGAUCCGGAGUGUGAAGUAGACCCUUCUCGCGUGCAUCGUUCGGAUGAUCUAGAACGCAACUGGAGAAAUCUCAUCUCCCUCACCACCAGUGUUUGGAAAUCGAUUGCGGGCUCCGCGUCUCGUUGCCCUUCCGAGCUGCGACUUAUAUUUCGUCAUGUCAGGGCAUGCGCAGAAGAUCGUUACGGCGAUUUUCUUCGCACUGUCACCUAUAGUAGCGUCUCGGGCUUUUUGUUUCUGCGGUUCUUCUGUCCAGCAAUCCUGAACCCAAAGCUGUUUGGGUUGCUGAAAGAUCACCCUCGCUCUCGAGCCCAACGUACUUUGACCCUGAUUGCGAAAGCUUUGCAAGGAUUGGCCAACAUGACUACGUUCGGGAGCAAAGAGCCUUGGAUGGAGCCUAUGAACAAGUUCUUGGUAGGCAAUCGUGCCGAUUUCAAACAGUUCGUGGAUUCAAUCUGUGCAAUACCCGCCGACCGACCAACUCCAAUCGUCACCCCGUCCUAUGCCACCCCAAUCCAAAUCCUUGGUCGCUUACCUCCAACGUCACGGGAAGGGUUUCCCAGUCUCCCUUUCUUGAUAGACCACCCUCGCAGCUUUGCGAUUCUGAUUCGGAUAUGGCUUGAAGGAGCACCUGAGAGGCUUAACGAGAUAGAGGAUCUCGACCCGGCACUCAAGAAAUUUCAUGAAAUGGCGCUUCACCUCGACCGACGUACCAAGGAAUGUUUGAGUAAAGCCGAGCAAGCAGAGCGCCCAAGUGGAGAUCUCGAGGUCAAGUGGGAAGAACUAGUUGACUCUAUGGAACGGUCGGCCACUUUCUACGAGGAGAGCUCCAAGCCCACCACGCCGGCCACGGAGACGGCAAUUGCGGGAUCUGCGUCUAUCACCGGAAGUCACCGAAACUCAAUCGGCUACUUUGCUUCGCGGCCUUCUCUACCUCGCCGGUCGACCGAUUAUGCCGCCGACGGUGGCGAUGAUGAUACCCCUCCAAGCUCUUCGUCGGCUACGUGGGACCAGAGCCGUGUGCCUUUCUCGAUCCCACGAUGGUCGGACACACGUGAUAGCACUGGGAGUUCCAAGAAUUCUUCUACUUAUUCUCUUGAAUAUCCAGACUCCUCUAAGCCUCGCCGGUCUAGUAUAACCAGGGAGACAACGAGCAAGUACCGAUUCUUUGAUUUUGUUCCGGCUACAUCUAGACGCCGGGCGAGGGACCGAGAGCAUGCUCAACAGCAAUCCCGAGAAGAACUCCGAAAUGAGUUUUGACGGGCAACCUGGGCUACCUUUACCGGCUAACCCAUCUAUAUAGCCCUUUCGCAAUCUACACCUUACGGUGCCGACACCAGGUGACAUGGCUGUUGCAUGUUAUCACCUUUUCAUCCUUUUGAUCUCUAACUUCCUCUCUGGGGGGCUUCCUCUUCAUCCCUUCACCUUGGAAUGCGUUUUGGCUUUGGUUUAGGCAACCGUGGAGGCUGAACUGAUCGUCCUUUAAAAAUUUUUAGCAGGCGGCAACGGUUUUGUAUAACACGGCGGAUCUGUGCAAACAAAUCCCUGCAUCUUACGGUGUACAUUCUUCCUUUUCCCCUACACAUGUGCUCAUGACUUGACGCGUUUCCCUUCUACUUCUCCCGAUUUUUGGAAAGCAUUUGUCAUGGUGUUGAUACCCUGCUCUGAUUGCUGUUUUUGACGUGGGAAGCGAGAGAUCCUGCGAGUAACGCUGGAUGUGAAAUAUCACUGUCCUGGGUUGCUGUGAACGGCAAGGGUCUUGUUAAACCAGACUGUUGCAAAAAACAGUGUCUCGAUUUGUGUAAAUAGUGUCUUUCCCUUCACUUUCUAUUUUUGGUAUAGACGAAACGAGUAUCCAAUUGGCGCGGAUAGACCACGAUUCCUGCUGGUUGAAG